CAGCUCACGGCUGCGCUUUCAAGGGCAGUUCUUUAGCUGAGCUUUCAGAUCACAUUUUGCUGAAAAACUAUAAGCUAUGUUCUCUAUCUAUUCAUAUGCCUGGGACACUUUCUUUUACCUUCUCCAUUCAGCCUGCAAUGUGGCAGCUCUAAAAGGGGAAACAAAGAAUUCACGAGUGCCUGCGACCCCGGGAGACACAGGACACGGCCAUUCCUUCUGCCCAGGGGGUAGUGGGGCGUCGGAGGAAGAAGAAUAUGAUGAACUCAUUUUCCCGGAGAAUCGCGAGGAAGGCCUGUCUCAGGAUCCUACACAAGAUGGGUCAGGAGAGCUGCGGGAGGAUGAAGGGACCCCGCAGAGGCUGAGGCUCAUCCUGGUGGGAAAACCCGGAAGCGGGAAAAGCGCAACAGGAAACAGCAUCCUCGGCCGGAGAGUGUUCGAGUCCAAGGUCAGCGCUAGGCCCGUGACCAAGGCCUUCCAGCGGGGGCGCCGAGCGUGGGCGGGGAAGGAGCUCGAGGUCAUCGACACCCCCGGCCUCCUGUCCCCGGGGGCGGCGCCGCCAGGGGGCGCUCGGGGCGGCUGCGAAGCCAUCGCCUUCUUGUCGCCGGGGCCGCACGCGGUGCUCCUGGUGACGCCGCUGGGCCGCUUCACCGAGGAGGAUCGGGAGGCGGUCGGGCGCCUCCAGGAGCUCUUCGGGGCCGCCAUCCUGGCCCGCACCAUCCUGGUGUUCACGCGCAAGGAGGAGCUGGACGGCGGCUCGCUGGAGGAGUACCUGCGAGACACCGACAACCGGGAGCUCGCCAAGCUGGACGUCCUCUGCGAGCGGCGACACUGCGGCUUCAACAACAAGGCGCAGGGGCCGGAGCAGGAGGCGCAGCUGCAGGAGCUCAUGCGACACAUCGAAGGCGUCCUGUGGGAGCACGAAGGCCGUUACUACAGCCGCCAGGCUUACCGCCCCCCCCCAGCGGCACCAUCCUGGCCACUGGCGUCGCCGCUUAAACGUCGAUGUAGCAGAUCAGUGUGGGAUGUCGACCAGGUGCCUCUGCAUCUCUUGGGCUGUGUCCUUGCCCGCUAA